UCAAGUUGUCAGUAGGUAAAGUUGCGAAACUUGUAAAGAAAGUUAUUUUGUUUGUUGUCCUAGAUUCAUAUAAGAACGCAUUAGUUCUAAAAUAUAAAUUUCGUGUUACUAGGAAGUUACGCUUUGUAAGGUAAUCAUAAUGAAUCAGUACGUAAUCGAGAAACGCCUGUGCAUAUGUUACGGGAUGCUGGCGCUGCUGCUCACGAUAGCGGUGGUCUUCGUCGCCAUCCCUUUUAACCAUUGGCGCACGACGCUUAAUGUCUGUCCAGGGAACUAUUUUGAGAACACUAAUUGUGGAUGUAUAUUUUAUGGCGUCACUACAUAUAGAAACUUUAAUGGGGGCCACCACUCCAGGUGCAUGUAUGCCACUUUGGCACCGGUACCUAUAUUAAUAUAUGCUAUAAUCAUGGCUCUGUUUCACAUGUACAGAGUUUGUAUAAACAAUGUUGGCAGAUAUGAGGAUGAAAAGUCUGCCUCUAUGCAGGAAAUAGAGGGGCAAUCAAUAGUUGUGACAUCAAGGGCUAGAGUGGCCCAACGCAAUGAUUCUGUAAUCUACUGCUGGGUUCCGUCAGCUACUAUUGGUGCAAUUUUCUGUAUUUACAACUUGGUUCAUGCAGCUAUUAUAACAGAUGGAUUUGUUAAAACCUGUAACCAGUAUCGAAGCUACCUUGUCACGGAACUUCGUGCUGCCGGAGACCAAACAACCGCCAUUCACUUCCGUCUCAGCUGUCAAGCUAUUUACGAUUAUAUGGACUACAUACAGAAAAACCCGAACGGCAUAGUCACUCAAGGGGAAUAUUACAUAAACACAGGUUUGCUCCUGCAGUUGGCCAUCAUAGCCUCCUGGGUGUCGGUAGCCCUUUGGAUGGCGGUGGUCGUGUUCACGACCAUGCGGGCAUAUAAGGAGCGUCACGUGCUCACAUGCUGCGGGCAGUAAUUAUUUUUUUGUUCUUAUUAUUUUCGAUAACGGUAUAAAGGGGAAAUUGUCUGUCUCCUACCGUAUUUAAGUCGAUUAACCCACAGUCCGUUGGUAAGUGUGGUUCGGGUUUGAAGGUUUACAGUUUGUUAAAGAACCUACCAGCAGAUAGUUAUCAUUUUGUACCAGUCACAAUACACUCUUUUUGUUUGGGCAGUCGUGUAAAAAGUAUUUACUGCUGUUUCAGAACUGAAUGCGAGUGUUAAUUGCCUUAAACAGGCUAAACUGACACAGUUUAUCUUCGUUUGUCUUUAAUGAAGUAAUAAGUAACUCAUCCAAGAAAGAAAUGUAGUGACAGAACAAAAGUUUGUCACAACUACAAAAACACAGUUUACACAGUCGAACAGGUGUAGGUACGUACUUAGUAUUUUGAAAAUAGAAUACAUCAACCAAAAUUGGCUCAUCUAAACAAUCUUUAAUUUAUCUAAUUGAACAAAGUUUUAAUUAUUAUUAGCUUUCGUCAAUAGAUACAUCCAUAAUUUAGACAUGUCCAAAAAAUACAAUAAUGAAAUACCCUAAAAACUACUACAUUCAAAUAUCCAUCACUUAACAAAUAAUCUUUAAUAGAAUAAAAUCGACUUCUUAAAGCUGUUUGAAAUGCCAUUGGCUGGUAUUUAACUGAUCACAAGAUAUAGUACCUAUAAUGAAUCCACUUCGUCACCUUUUUCUGGUAGCAUUUCGUUUCUGUAAGGGUCGCAGUUCUAAGCUAACCUAACCCACUUUUCUAGUAGCUAAUCAUAGUGGUUUAUUUAGUGUAGGUAUCACAGUGGUUUUCCGGGUCAAGGUCCGGGCCAAUUGACUCAUAGGGCCACCCGGGCCACCCCACACUAGCGUCUCCCCAGCGUUGACUAUACGCCAACGCUCGGGAGACAUUAAAGUGUGGAUGGCUGUUACCGAACGCCACGUGCUGACGGAACAGUGUUCAUACUUAAUAAAUAAAUAAAAAAUAUUAUUCCAUACGAUAUAAUUCGCCCUACACAAUAAAUAACGCUGAAUGUUUUUAAAAUGGACCACUUUGAGAAAAGAAGCAUUUAAUAUUUGUAAUUGUAAGUUUCCGAAAAUCAGGCGAUAACCACCCUAAUUCCAUCAUAAAGAAUCCUCUUUCGGAAUUAUCCGACAGUUUUAGACAAUCGGAAUUACCCGAAUCUACUUAAUGUUACAUUUGAAAACUCAUUCAGUGUUUACUGUAGUUUAUGUACAAACAUUAUUGUACAAAAGCGCGAUCUACAUUGUAUUCCAAUCUAGUCAGAUUGUGCGUGAAAAUUUCGUAUGGAAACAAACAAAAAGUGUGUUCAAUUGAAUUCAUGACUUAACAUAUAAGCUUUACUUGUCGUGUUGUGCUUUUUUGCGUCCGUAUUUAAUAAUAAGUUACCGUUAGGUAUAUCUACUUAAGAUAAUUAACCACGGGCUUGCAUUAGACUUGUCGAGUCACCUAUUAUGACCACAUAUCUAAUAUCUAUAAUGACAGACUUCUAUAAUUAGGUAGUUAUCACGCAAGGAAUUUGUUAUUCACCACACCAAGGGGGCGAUUUUUGAAUUUCGAUCGCUCGAUUUCGUCAUUCGAAAAUCUGUGGGAAACGGAGAAAUGCUAAUUUUAGAAAUACGAGCGAUAGAAAUUGGGAAUCGAGUGGUAUUCACCACUCGUUUUCAAUUCUAUAGAUGGUCAAGCAAUUCUAGUCAGUAAAAAAAGGCGCGAAAUUCAAAUUUUCUAUGAGACGAUAUCCCUUCGCGCCUACAUUUUUCAAAUUUGCCGCCUUUUUCUACUGACAAGAUCUGCUUGACCAAGUAUAUUAGUAGAAUUUAAAUGAGAUGAGAUAUUAUUGAACGAAAUACACGAAAUCGAGCGGUCGAAAUUAAAAAAUCGGCCCCACUCGUAAAGUUUAUGCUUCAGUAAGUGAUUCUUUCAACCGAGAAAGUUGCAUUUUAUCCAAAAGAGUGCCAAAGUAUUUUGAUGCAAAUUUUGAGUUGUUUCCUCGUGUCAAAUUUAAUAGCGUUCAUUCAAAUCUAAAUUUGUACCUAAUGAUUUACAGUUUGAUUUUUCCUCGCGUUGGUGUGGUGAAAUUUUUUAUUUCACUCGUAUGAUGGUGCAGACCCGUGGGCGCUUCCCUUUAAGACGUUCACUGCCGGCAGCUACACUUACAUACAGUGUGUUUAGUUAAUCGUGUGUCAAUUGUUUAGGGUGACGAACUUACGUACCCAAUUUCUUUGCCCCCCGGCGCAGUGAAUAUAUGUGUUUAUAGUCUGGCUAUUCAUUUUUUCAGUAGAAGAGCAACAGAAUACAUGUUUAUCCUUUGAUUUGGAGUGGAAAUGUUCUGAUAUGAAAGUAGAAACGAAUUGUUUUUUCCGUGACAUAAUCUUUAUAAUGAAUGAUUAGCCAGACUACUUUAAGAAUUAAUUAUUCGUAUUAAGUAUAGACUAAAUAACUAUGAUUUGCCAAACUCAUCAGUCAACUAUAAAGAGUCCACAUCGAAUUAGAGGUUAUUCCUUAAAGUACGAAUUGUAUUUUCUAACACUUAGUAAUGAAAUUUGAACAAAUAUUACAAUUCAUAUGUAAGAACAUUAGGCAAAAUCCGUCACAGUCUGCUAGGUAUCAGCAGAUUGUAAUUCGGCAGGCAUCUGAACAAAUUAGUUAGUUGUCUUCAUUAAUUUCCUCAUUGUCAGUUACUUAUAUAGCUGUGUGGAAUUUUCAAACCCUUUUAAUUAUUUUACAGCAAUGCAAUGUUACGUGAAAACCACCGAUAUAUAGUGUAUUUUUAGCAAUGUAAGUAUAUGUUAUAGUUUUAAGUUGACAUUCCAUAUCCUUGUGCCGUCCAGUAGCUGUAAGGAAUUACUUAUACAAAGUACCUACCUAAAUUAUAAUACGUAUAUUAAUGCACUUUUUUGUAUAUUUUUUAC